AUGAAAAUAAAAGCAGCGAGUGCGAUGAGCUUGGGAUCACAAAGAACCACAAGCAGGAAACAAGACAUGUCGCUGUUCAAAGCUAGGCCUAGCUUGCCAUUCAAGAGACAGAACCAAAGGGUUGCGAGGGACGCCAGGAUAGAACCCUUGUCGCAGGUCUCCCCCGAGAUACUCACAGCGAACUACCUGAUGCAGUUCCCCAGGGAGACUGCGACGCUGAGACACUUGGAGCGCAUGGACGCUGUGGCUAAGAGGGUGCGGGAUAACCAGCGCGAAGUGGAGCAGCAGUUGCUGCAGUGGGACCCGCUGAGCGAUAACCACAUGAGGGACACGGACCCUUACAAGACGGUGUUCGUGGGCCGCCUGCCCUACGACACGGAUGAAGUGCAGUUACAGAAGGUGUUUGCCAAGUACGGAGAGAUAGUGCGAGUACGGGUGGUGCGAGACAAGCAGAACAAGUCGCGGGGCUACGCAUUUGUGUUGUUCAAAGAAACAGACUCAGCAAGAGUCUGCACCAGGGACAUAGGUGUCCACCGCGGUAUCCAGAUCAACGGAAGAAGGUGUAUAGUGGACAUAGAGCGUGGCAGGACGAUCAAAUUCUUCAAGCCAAGGAGACUCGGUGGAGGGCUGGGCGGUCGAGGGUACCAGUCACUGCAUUCGGAGCACACACAGCCUCAUGUAAACCCACCAGCACAACACGUACCGCAAAGAUACGGCGAGCGAAGACCAGAGUACCAGCCUAGAGGCAGAUAUCAAGGAGCACGCCAAGGAGCACGCCAAGGAGCAUAUCAACCUCAGCAGACACUACCGGCUUCAAAUCCACAGGCACCUGCAGAACCCGAGCCCAGGACGAGUUACAGGUCAAGGACAGCCAGGCAACGGGAAGAAAUAGACUAUUGA